UAUAUUGUAAAGGAACUGAAGAUAACGACCAAUCUCGUACUGUUUCGGUACGGGGAAGACCAAUCUGUUUGAGAGUGAAGUGUCAAAGCAUGGAUUACAGUAUGUCUACCUCUGCUUGGAAUCUCGAGAUUUUCAGAGGAAACCUGCGAGACGGCAAGAACAAUGCUAUGCUUCCAAUCAGUAUCACAGCGGGAAUUACCAUUGAUCCUUGGUUUUUAUGGUUUGAUUCGCGUCCCUUUGUUGCUAAAGACAGUUCGAAUCAAGAUUGUUUAUCUAGGGUGAAUAUCUGGCUCCAGAACUGUCUGAAGAAUCAUGAGAUCUGCUCAGAAACACCUUCGGAAGGAAAGCUUCCUAAGCGCAUCAUCGACGUCGGGGACCAGAACACCAAUCCUCGCCUCCGGGAAUUCGCGUCGAUAGAUGAAACUAAAGAUAGAGCUUAUGUUGCAUUAAGCCACUGCUGGGGCACAUUCCAGACCUACCGGACUGAAAAGAGUUCCAUUUCGGCGAGAAUGACCUGCAUGGAGUGGACCGAUAUUCCCCGGACAUUCCAAGAUGCAAUAAUCGUCACCCGUUCACUAGGUAUUCGCUUCAUUUGGAUUGACUCCCUAGCCAUCGUCCAGGAUGAUCUGGAUGACUGGGCAGAAGAGUCGGCCAAAAUGUGCGACAUCUACGCUAAUGCAACAUUGACUAUUGCUGCUGCUGCAGCUCAGGACGAUACGGAAGGAUUUCUAAAGGUUAGAGAAUAUACGAGUAACGUAUUGGCUGUUCAUACAAACGGGAGUGAACUGCUCUGUUACCGCAAUGAUAUUCAUCGAGAUCUGUCAGAGCCCGGUCCUUUAAUCAAGCGUGCUUGGGUUUUCCAAGAGCGCCUUCUGUCUCCACGAGUGCUGUAUUACGAGAAGCACGAGAUGAUCUGGGAAUGUAGAAACACUGUGCAAUGCGAGUGCGGCUCAGAUCUCGACCUCAGCAGCUACAGGCAGACACACAUUAACCCAGGUGGAGCUAACGAAGUCAAGAACUGCACUUCCCUUGAAGUGUGUAAUCUCACCAGACCAGAGGUGGCAGACAGCACUACGUUUGCGUGGUGGCGCACGGCUAUAGUGCAGAACUACACUUCCCUCCACUUGACACGAAACACAGACCGCCUCCCUGCCCUCUCAGGACUCGCAAAGACCAUUCUCAGAAAGACACAAGAUGCAUACCUCGCCGGCCUCUGGAGAUCCGAUCUUCUCAACGGUCUCCUAUGGAAAGCCAACAACGUCGGUCCGAUGUUCGAGCCCUCGACCUACAUUGCCCCAAGCUGGUCCUGGGCUUCUGUCCGAAGCUCAGUUGCAUACAACUGGUUCGAUCCGACAGUCUCCCUAAUGCAUCUCAACUCGUGCUCCGUACAACCUGCAACUCUCGAUCCUCUAGGCAUUGUCAAAUCAGGAGGUCACCUUACCUUAGAUUGCCCCCUAAUCCCCAACUUUAAUACCCAAACCGGCUUUGCAAGCAAGCUCAUGGCGGGUCUAAGACCAGGCAUGCCACUUAUACGCAACCACAAGUUCGCUGGCGGCGCCGAACUCGACACCUUCAUCGAGGAAGUUUCGUUCUACUGCCCCAAAUCCCCCGAGAAGACCACGACAGUGAUACGGUCGGACAUGUCAGUUGAUCAGGUUGAUUUGUUCCAGGUACACUACCUCGACCUAGCCAUCCUCGCCGCCAACAUCGACGACAGACUGAAGCUACUCAGAGUAGUAGGGUUGCUGCUGAGUAAAUCACCAGAUGAUACGAAGUGCUUCCAGCGCGUAGGAAUAGCAGUCAUCUGGACCAGGAGCGAUCUCGUGGUUAACGAGUAUCACGGACCCGGGCUUUGGGAGCGUAGAGAUCAGAGGAGCAGGGAAGCGCUCGUCAUGGAUUUCUUCAAGCGUUUCAGAAGAGAUGUUACUAUUAUAUAA